AUGGAAGCCAUGGGAGAAUGGAGCACAGGCCUAUGCGGAGUUUAUACAGAGGAAGCUGACUUCAUGAAUCAGCUCCUAGCCUCCUAUGAUCAACCCUGUGGCGGUUCAUCCUCAGAGACAACCGCCACAAUCACAGCAUACCACCACCAGAACUCUCAUUGGACUGGCGCCUCCUCCUUCUCCCAGGAGACCAGUAGCUACAGCGCGGGACACAGUGGUUACUACACGGUGAUGCCACAGCAAGAAGAUAACAACAAUGGGAUUGAGGAUGUGACUAUCAACACGAACUUGUACCUGGUGGGUGAGGAAACGAGUGAAUGUGACGUAAUGGAAUACUCUGGUAAGAGGCUCUUGCCUUUGGAUACCGUCCAAGAGAACCACGACGAUAAUAUGUUGCAGUCUGAGAUUUCCAUGACGACGACCGCGAAUGAAAAACUGUUCAACCCAUGCGAGAGUUCCAAGAAGAGGUCGCGUCCCACAUCAACUGACAAGAACAAGAGAGCCAAUAAAGCACGGAGGAGUCAUAAAAGAAUAGAGAUGAGUGGCGAUAGCGGCGAAGAGGAACAGGCGGAGAAGGGUGCAGGGAAGAGAAAGACCACAAAACUUAAGGUGCAGAACAAAAGCACAACUUGUUGUUCGGAUGAUGAAUCAAACGGUGGAGACACCUCAUCCUGCAAAGAAUGUGGCGACGACCCUAAGGCUCUCAAUCUCAAUGGCAAGACUAGGGCCAGCCGUGGUGCUGCCACUGAUCCUCAAAGCCUCUAUGCAAGGAAGAGAAGAGAGAGAAUAAACGAGAGGCUAAGGAUUUUGCAAAAUCUCGUCCCAAAUGGAACAAAGGUUGAUAUUAGUACGAUGUUGGAGGAAGCAGUACAAUACGUCAAAUUUCUGCAGCUCCAAAUUAAGCUAUUGAGCUCCGAUGAUCUAUGGAUGUACGCGCCGAUUGCUUACAACGGAAUGGACAUUGGCCUUGACAUGAAACUCAACUCACUCAUAUGA